ACCAUAUUUAAAAAGAAUGUAUUUUAUGAACAUAUAACCGACAGAAGAGUAUCACAAUAUAAAUUUAUAGAGUCUGAAAGAGAUGUAUUAAUUAAAUUAGCAAAAGAAUCAGAUUUAUAUUUAAUUACUCAGAUUGAAGAGGAUCAAGAAGAAGAGCAGGUUUUGGAUUUAUUAAAAUCAUACGGUAUUAUAGAUGCAGGUUUAAAUCCAAAUAAAUGUCUUUUUUGCUCAACUUCUCAAGGUAAAGGUCAUAUUUCAAGACAUUUAGAGGUUUAUUUACAUAUUGAAGGCUCUGAUAUUGACGUUUUAAUAAUGCUAAAACCACACGUAAAAAAUUUGGUAUUAAUUGGUAAUAAUGACAAAACAACUACUACUACCACUACUACAACCACAACCACAUCUUCCUCAACUUCCAAUGGCUCAACUUCUACAGGUUUAUCAGUUGCUAUUUCACCCAGUAAAAGCAAAGAAGACGGUAUCUCAAUUGCCCCAUCACUACACGAAUAUUUUGAAUAUAAAUAA